ACUUUUGUGAUUGAUUGAUUUUCGGGCUUUCUCUCCCAAAAUUUAAUUAUAAAUCUUAUUUAUGUUCGUGUAAAACUUUAAAAACGUUGUUAUGGAAACGUUACACAUUUUAAAUGACGUUAUAUUCAAUCAUUAUUUUUUAAUUGGUGGUUUGUUCUUGAGUUAUUUGGUUUACCGAAUACUUCACGCACUUUUUGGUGAUAAUAAUUACUUACAAACCAAAUAUAGGUCUCGAGGUCAUACAUGGAGAAGCAUACAAUGUAACAAGUCCAUUCCUUAUAACAUUUAUUGUACGGUAUGUGGUAAGUUGAUGCUGCCUCUAAUAGGUCUCUUCUGCGAGUGCUGCGGUGUGAGCGCGUGCAAGAGAUGUCGCCGCGUUGUUGAUAAAAAGUUUAGGUGUAAACAAUUUACUUGGCCAGUUGACAAACAGUUCCACCAUCAUUGGGUUCACAUUGGUAAUAGCAGAGCAGAACAUUCCGACAACAAUGAUGACACAAUCCGAAAAUAUUAUUGCUGCUGGUGCCAAAGGACAAAGCUAUGCCAUGAUAGUGCCUUCAAUGACUCCGAGCAAUGUGAUUUCCUGAAAUAUCGUAAGAUAAUGAUUCCACCAGCUUGUGUGCAAGUUGAGAAUGGAGUAGUAACUGGCAUAAAGCCACCUACAUUUCCAGAUUGGGAGCCACUCUUCAUUUUUGCUAAUCGUAAAUCUGGAAGCAAUAGAAGUGAUGAAGUGCUAUCACUUUUUAGAGGGCUAUUGAAUCCCAUUCAGGUGGUGGACAUGGCCGAGACAGCGCCGGAGAGCGUGGUGCGGUGGAUGCCGCCACGAGCGCGAGUUCUCGUGGCCGGCGGCGACGGCACUGUCGCCUGGGUGCUCAACGUGCUGCACGCGGCGCCACAUGUCAAGGCAUCAGUGGCAAUAUUGCCAAUGGGCACCGGCAACGACCUCUCCCGGGUGCUGGGUUGGGGCGCCGGUCUCGCCUCGCAUUUAGACGCGCAGGCCAUCAUCGAAGACGUACAACACGCUGAAGAACAGCUCCUAGACAGGUGGAAGAUCACAAUAAAACCCACACGCGGACGCUUACGCAGCCGAGGCCGCGAGCGCGUCAUGUACAUGUACAACUACGCGAGCAUCGGUGUGGACGCGCAGGUCGCGCUGGACUUCCACCGCGCGCGCUCGCAGUUCCUCUACAGAUACGGCAGCCGGAUGCUCAACUACAUGGCCUACGUGUUAAUGGGCGCCGGGCGCGCGAUAGACAGCAGAUGCGACGGCCUGGAGCAGCGCCUGCGCGUGCGCCUGGACGCGCGCGACCCGAUCCCUCUCCCGCCGAUACAGGCGCUCGUGGUGCUCAACAUCCCCUCGUGGGGCGCCGGCGUGCAGCUCUGGAAUAUGGGGAAUGAAGGAGAUGUGGAAGAACAAAGUAUUAGCGAUGGAAAAAUUGAGGUUGUUGGCAUAUCGUCGUCAUUCCACAUAGCGAGGCUGCAAUGCGGGUUGGCGGAGCCCUAUCGCUUUGCACAAGCUUCGCAAAUAAAGAUCGAGCUGGAGGGAUGUUGCGCGAUGCAGGUGGACGGGGAGCCGUGGGUGCAGCGCUCCGCCACCGUGCUGGUGGAGCCGGCCGGACAGUGCCGCGUGCUGCGCAAGCCACAAGCCGAGUAGACUGUGGCCAGCAUGUACAGGUCGGCGAACUGCGGCGAGAGGAAGAAGCGACUAGAAGAGAAGACUAGUUUCUCAAAAGUUGACAUGUAAACUAUUUUAGACAGGUCAAAUUUUAUUCCUGAAACGGUGAUUUAUAGCGGCUGGCACUUUUACCGGUUGAAACGGCGAGUCACGGACUGAGACUUUUGAAAACUUACUCAAAACUAAACUUAAUGUCAAACAGUACCUAAUUACACUUUUAAUGUGUAAAUUUAACUUCUGAUAAACGUAGCGAGUGUUAAGUCUUGGCAGCCAAAAUAUUUAGGGUUCCAUAGCAAAUAUGUGAACCCUUUAAAUGUUGUAAUGUGUUCUCUGUCUAUAUGCCAUAGGCAUUUAAUAACAUGUAUUUAUAUUUUGUUGAUAGAUAACUAUUCAAAGGUAAUUUUAAAACACUAGGUCGUUGAUGUUAAUUAGGUAAGGUGCCUUCGGAAAAGAAUCGAAUGAUCUUAUUUUCGGGCACCUUAGGUGCCAAUGUAGAUGCACUCAUUAUACACAUACCGUCGAGUGAGGCUACCAGGGAACUAUAUAAUGGGUAAUAUAAAAUCUGUUCCCAAUAUUUCAAUAGUGUACCAACUAUUUCUUAUGCCUUUGGAAUCGAAUAUUUUCACUCCCACAAUUCCAAAUAGACCCAGAGAUCCCCGUGUGCCCCACUCGACUGUAUUACUACAUAUAUUGUAAAAUGCACAACAUAUUUUAUAGAUAACUUUAAAGUUGGAUAUAUUUAUGGUAUUAAAAUUUAAGCAGCGCCUUGUAGUGAACCUUUCGUUUACAUGGUAUAUAUUUGAUGUGCAAGUGAUUUUCAACUUUUUAUGAAAUAUGGUUAACUCACAAUACAGUGUCGUAAAAUGACUUAAGAAGAGUAUUACGGGUAGUUGAUUAAUGACCAACAGGUUACCAAUGGGUAUUGACUUUUUUACUAUGUAAUAUUAAUGUCUGCUCACAUUAUAAUUUCCUAGUUACAGUUACAAUUAUAUGUUGAGGAAUAAUUGUUGUUAAAAUAUAUUUCUAGAAUAUGAAUAUCGUUUUGAAUAUAACGUGAUGUGU